CUUCGAUCCCAUGUCAUACUACACGAAUAACAUACCGCCUGUGCUAAAUCAUCAAGACCUAAACAGGUACUAUCCAUCUGACCUAGUGGACGCAGAUGUUGCUGCUUCGCCGUGCACUACCACACAGUGGCAUGAUCCAGUACCUGACUACACGAGUUCCAGAAUCGCCCUGCCACUAUCUACGGAAUCUGUCGACCCGAACUGCUGUUCAAUCCAGUCGGUCUACUCAGUCCACCCAGCGUCUGUAAAGCGAAGCGAUGUUAUAGAUCCAGAGUUAGCCGUGCAAACGGUGAGGUCGAAUGUUUGUAAACACCGGACGACAAAUGAAGAUGCAAAAUUGGAUAAUCGAGCUUCGGCGACGAACUGGGGAGUUUCAAGUGCCAUAUAUGCACCAGCCAAUCAUGAUCUGAUCAAUGAAUCCAGGGUGGUUCCAUUUCUGGGUUCAGCUGUAUGGGGGCAAGCCUAUUGGAACCAGUUUGCAGUUUUGACCCAUAAUAAUCCAACUCCCGUAGGAGUUCCAUUCAAUUCUAGCCUGGGCCUUGAAUAUUGGGACUUGCAACAUCCUUCAUCGUUGGCAUCAUUCUUAUCGCCCAACCUGAACGGAGCCCAGCGAUCAAAAUAUACAAGUCAUGGUGUUACGGAUUCAACCAUCGGAACCAGUUCAAAGCCAGAAUCAGGAGAACAAGCCAGUUUCAUUCGGGGUUUUGAACAAGGCAAUUCCAACGUUUACUCAGGACACGGCUCGAAGUGUGAUGACGAUUUCAAAGCGGAUGAUUUACCUAUUCCAUGGCCCAACGCUUUGAACCUCACUCCAGGGUUCUUACCAUCGUCUAGUCAACUGCUCACUAACUCCACUAAGGUAUUUGACCAGCCUGAUAGAUCAUCCAGAAGCGUUCCAUCCCAAUGGACAAAUGGGACACAAACCUUCGCCUGCGCAACAAAUAAUGAGGAUGUCCGAAUAGCAAAUGGUAUCAAUCAGGAAGACUUAAAAGCUUUUGAGAAUACAUCAUGUGGCCUCAAGCACCCGGAUAAAGGCAACUCUGUAGACACAGAAAGCAGAUCACGAUUCCAACAAGUCACUGGCUCCCUGGAACUAGGAGAGUCAGCAGACUGUCGUCUGAGGGGUAGCAACCUUUUAUCUUAUGAAAAGAAAUAUUUGGAUGAACGGGUGAAGGACGUUCAUUCUGAGGUAGAAGCAUACAGAAUUGGCGGACAGAUGUUUUCUCAGUCGCUAUCAAAGUUGACAGCCUCUGUGUAUAUGUUAAAGCGAUUCGACGUGAAUGAUGGCGACCAGAACCGGAGGGCAAAAUUCCGGAAACUCGAACGUUCUGUGCAACCCGUAUCAAGAUCCAAUCCACCAGAACUGCAGCUUAUGGUUGUUCCGGAGACCACAUCGACCUUUGAACCAGACGGAUCCCUAAAACACAACAAGAAAGAACAACAGUCCGAUCAAUUUGCUCAUGCGAUAUACGAUUCAAAAGAGGUUUUACGUCAGCCUUCCGAUCGAAUAAAAUCGGAUGACUAUCCUGGAGUUGAUGGAGGUUCACCUGUACCUCAGGCUCCAAUAUAUCAAUCACUUCUAAAUAAAAGUGAAUCCACCGAAGCCAUCCACGGAUCUGCUUCUAUAGCACCUCCCAAUAGUUCGGACGGAAGUGCAAUGUACCUCCAGUCUUUUUCUGAUGCUGAUUACACACAUUCUCCAAUUAAUGCACUGACGCAACACUGGACGACUUCGCCUGCCCAUUUGCUGGCAAACAAGCUAACAUUUGGUUCCUUAACUUCCAAUCAACUUGAUGACGCCUACCACGGAUCGAAUGAGGACCCAUUUGUUGUUGGUGUGCAUCCAUUACAUCGUUUGUCUCAAACAUGCAUGCAAGUAGAUAAGCUUCUGGGACAGAAUCUCAGCGAGAUAUCGGGCUCAAAAGUGGAUCGAAGACGUUCACAUUUAAGACGGUG